AUGGAGAGUUUUCUCAUAUCAAAAUCUGGUUUAAAGCCUCUUCCUCGUAUCUACAUAAGACCCAUAACUGGUCUUGUCCCAAGAAAUUACUUCUCAAAGCCAAGAUUUUUACAUACAAGCAAGUGUUUUUCUGAUCUAAAGGUGACUACACCAUUGAAAGUUGCAUCCGUAGAAGAAGAUGAAGAAAUAAAUGAGAGAAUGCAUGGUAUUAACAAGAUUGGAGAGCAAGAAGAAGAGACAAUAUUUGACCCUGCAGCUCCCCCACCGUUUAACUUAGCUGAUGUAAGAGCAACCAUACCCCAGCAUUGUUGGGUAAAGGAUCCAUGGAAAUCUAUGAGCUAUGUUGUGAGGGAUGUUGCUCUUGUUUUAAGCUUGGCUGCUGCUGUGGUUUAUGUUAACAACUGGCUUGUUUGGCCUCUUUACUGGGUUGCUCAAGGAACCAUGUUUUGGGCUCUUUUUGUUCUUGGUCAUGACUGCGGCCAUGGCAGCUUUUCAAACAACCCCAAGUUAAACAGUUUAGUGGGGCAUCUAUUGCAUUCUUUCAUUCUUGUGCCUUACCAUGGAUGGAGAAUUAGCCAUAGGAUUCAUCACCAAAACCAGGGUCAUGUUGAGAAUGAUGAAUCAUGGCACCCGUUAACUGAGAAGACAUACAUGAGUUUGGAUAACAAUGAACUAACAUGGCGGUUCAAGUUUCCUUUCCCCUUGCUUGUAUAUCCUUUCUACCUUUGGGGAAGAAGUCCAGGCAAGACUGGUUCUCACUUUGAUCCUAACAGCGAAUUGUUUGUCCCAAGUGAGAGAAAAGAUGUUAUUACAUCCAGCUUAUGUUGGACAGCCAUGGCUGCUAUUCUUGUUGGUCUAGGCUUCACAAUGGGUCCUAUGCUGUUGCUUAAACUAUAUGGUGUUCCUUAUUGGAUAUUCGUAAUUUGGUUGGAUUUUGUAACAUACAUGCAUCAUCAUGGUCAUCAAGACAAACUUCCUUGGUACCGUAGGAAGGAAUGGAGUUACUUAAGGGGAGGGCUUACAACACUUGACCGUGAUUAUGGAUGGAUGAACAACAUUCAUCAUGAUAUUGGAACCCAUGUUAUACACCAUCUCUUUCCUCAGAUCCCUCAUUACCACUUAAUAGAGGCUACUAAGGCAGCUAAGCCGGUUCUUGGAAAAUACUAUCGGGAGCCAGAACGAUCAGGACCUCUACCUUUUUACCUCAUCGGGGUUUUUAUAAGAAGCUUGAAGGAAGAUCACUACGUUAGUGACACUGGCGAUGUUGUCUACUACAAAACUGACCCAAACAUUUUCAAGUCAGCAUGA